AUGAUCUACGUUCUGUGCCGGCUGCUUCUGGCAUGUUUUCUCUCACUUCCUGUGUUUGCAGCGUCUGCUCAGGACUGGCAAAAGCGGUCUAUAUACCAACUCGUAACGGACAGAUUUGCCACUUCAGAUGGCACAUCGCCCGCUUGUGACACUUCAAAAAGAGAAUACUGUAAUGGUACCUGGCAGGGGGUCAUCGGAAAGCUCGACUACAUUCAGAACAUGGGAUUCGAUGCCAUCUGGAUAUCUCCCGUAGUUGCGAACAUCGAGGAAACAACUGCAGAUGGUCAGGCGUAUCACGGAUACUGGACCGAAGACCAGAAUUCUCUGAAUCCUCACUUUGGCACAUCCGAUGAUCUAAAACUGCUCAGCACGACACUACACGAACGCUCCAUGUACCUCAUGAUCGACGUCGUCGUCAACCAUAUGGCUGCGACUGCACUCCCACCGAACCUGAACUACUCCGCCUUCGCGCCUGCAAACUUCUCCAAAUCGUCCGACUUCCAUCCUUUCUGCUGGAUUACCGACUACAGCAACCAGACCAACGUCGAGCAAUGCUGGCUAGGGGACAGCAACGUUCCGCUUGCGGACGUGGACACAGAGGAUCCAAGCAUUGUGACAUUCUUAAACGGCUGGAUACAUGACCUUGUGCAGGUUUACGGCGCCGAUGGAAUUCGCAUCGACACCGUGAAGCACAUCCGUAAGGACUUUUGGCCGAACUUCACGGCGUCCGCCGCAGUGUGGUCUAUUGGAGAAGUCCUCGACGGCGACGUCCAGUACGUCAGCCAAUACACAGAGGUCCUCGAUGCGGUGCUUGAUUACCCUGCGUUCUAUCCGCUGACGGCUGCCUUUGGAAACACGAGUGGCGAUCUCAGCGCUCUCGCGCAGACUGUGCAGAAAGAACAAAGCGCGUAUCGCCUUGGCACGUCCAUGACGGGUUCGUUCCUCGAAAAUCAGGAUAAUCCGCGCUUCCAGUCGUUCCAGACUGACCAGGCGCUGGUGUUGAAUGCAAUGACAUGGCCAUUCGUGCAAGACGGCGUUCCUAUCCUCUAUUACGGACAGGAGCAAGGCUACACUGGAGCAAACGAUCCGUACAACCGAGAGGCUCUGUGGCUGUCUGGCUACGAGGAAGACAAGCCGCUGGUAAUCCACGUGCGCAUGCUCAAUGCCGCGCGCAAGGCUGCCGUCGCAUCCAGCGGCAACUUCCUUUCGACGCAGCUCACAUUCCUCACCACGACGAAGAACGCGCUGGCAGUAUCGAAGCCGCCCAUGCUCGCCCUGCUAUCAAACGGCGGGAGCUCAUCGAACCCGUCGUGGAGCGUGCCGAACGCAGGGUACAAGAGUGGCGAGACGCUCAUCGACGCGGUGUCGUGCAACACCCUAAAGGCGGAUAAGCAAGGCGGCGUGAGCGCGCAAAGCUUCAACGGUACGCCGAAGGUAAAUAGUUUGCUGUAUCGACCAAUAGGUCCAUGUUCGCACUCAUUCCGGACCUCCCACUCCCUGUUGUAG